AUGGCCAUCCAGGUGCCCGCUGGUGUAACAAAACGCACAGGCGCUUGCAAGCGUGUGGGGCUCCUGGGACAUGGGAAAACGCGAGAACGAAACUGGGCUAUAUUGGGCCAGCAGCAUACGGCCAUGAUGCAAACGGCGAGUGUCAUGAAUGGCGACGUCUAG